GGACCAGGACGAGGAUCAGGAUCAGGAUGGCCGCCAACACUGCCACCAUGGGGAACCUCCCGAGCGGGAUCGGAAUAUGCACGACCAUCCCAGACAUCCUCUACCUGCCCGAGCUGGUCUUCGGAGGUCUGGUCUGGAUCCUGGUGGCGGCCACGCUGGUGGUGCCGCACAACCCUCAGGCCUGGGUCAUGUUCGUCUCCAUCUUCUGCUUCACCGUGACCCUCAUCUGGCUGGUGGUGUUCGCCUUCGGAGUGCAUCACAACAAACGCCGCUGGGCCACAGCGGACUUCGCCUAUCACGGCAUCGCGGCCUUCCUCUACCUCAGCGCUGCGGUGUCUUUGGCCAAAGUGACCAUGGAUAAGGACGACGGGUCCAACUCCCUGAACUACAAGCUGGACAUCGCCGCAGUGGUCUUCUCGUACAUGGCGACGCUCCUCUACUUCGUCCACACCAUCCUGUCCGCCAUCCGAUGGAAAUCCUUCUAGCGGAACCAGAACUGACCUCUAUCCAUGGAGCUUGCACAUAAAGGGAGGGACACCGGUGAUGGAGACUCGCUGCUUCAGAUUUUUUUUUUAUUUAUCUCCCUCUGCUGGGAGAGCAACAUCUGGACCGUGGCCGGCCGUCUGAAGCAGGAGGAGCUUCAGGGAUUAAAAGUGAUGAAGAUGAGGAGUCCCAUGUCGACUAGCCGCCUCCCACAUCCACAGAAACCCUCAAGCAUGUAUUCAAAAUGUUCAACCGCAGCCUCGAAUAUGACGAACAAGAUGAAUCAACUCAUUUAAAAGUGAUCAAACUGUUUCUGAGGGUUUUUAUUAUUUUGUCCACACGUAUGCACACUCUGCCUAUCUCUGCAGGACCUGUGGUGUCCCUGUUGUUAUGUUUUAAUAGUUUAAUAUUCUGGUUUUGCUCUCAUCUGAUGAAAGAACAAUUUUGAUGCAGCUGAUUUUAUAUUUUUAUAACUUUCUUAUCAAGAAGAUUUAAUUAAAUGUGAAUCGGAACAAGGAAGUAAAUUCAGAUUUGUAAUGUAAGCCUUUAUUUUGUAUUUAAAAAAAAGAGUCAAUAAGUCAUUGAAAAUGAAUAAAUAUGUUUUAUUUUGACACA